UGAAUAAGUUGGGUGGAGUCGAGUUGAGUUGAGUUGAGCGAAAGAAUGGCUAGGGUUGAAGCGAAACGGGACGCCGUGCCUGAUGACGGCGACGACGAGCGCAGGGGGCAAAGCCUCUCACUUCGUCGUGCUCCCGUGCUGGUCACUUUUCCUGACGUUGCUCGCCGCAGAACCCAGAGCUUCCCCUCGCCUCUCAAGUUGGAGAACGAGGAGGACACCGAGGACAUGAACCCUCGGAACGUGUGGCAGGUUUAUGCUCUUGGAGGAUUCAUGAUCGUAAGGUGGUUGUGGGCUCGUUGGAGGGAGAGGAGCAAUAGAGGCAUACCAAAUGAAGAUUAAGGAUGUUAAACUAAAUACAGAGUGAAGUUUGUUUCGUUUCAGUUUGUUUAAGAAAUGCACAAUUGUUGAAUGCCUCUACUAUUUGACCGAAUGCUUCAUUGGAGCUUAGAAAACCUUUAAGUUGGUUUAAUUCUCUUUCUUUUCGAGCAAUCUACAAAGUUAAAGAUAAUGUGAUGCAGAAUGAAACCUUAAUUCCUUGUAGCAGUAGAAAUGUUGCUCCAGUUGAAAAAUAAAAAUUGACGAUAAAAAAUAAAUGCAAGGGUGCCUCUUUUUAUUAUUUAUUUUUUUAUUUUUGAUCUUUUGGGAAUUUUUACAGAGCCCAUGGAAAAUGUGGGACACCUGGCGCGCCUUAUUUCUGUUCUAGGUUUUGUGGGAAGCGUAACCCCUUGGCCCUCGGCGGCCUUCCCCCUGCCCAACCUUUUUGUUUGCUGUCCUCGAAACGGUUCCCUCUAAUCUGCAAGCCAUGGCGAAGGGAGACGAUAUGGUGAGGCGGCGGAAGAAUAAAACCAACCGUAAGCGCGCUCGCAACAGUGAAUCCGCUGUCUCCGCCCGCGUCGCCGCCAUCAUCGCUGCAAAGCGACGCCGCAAGGACGGGAAGCGCCGCACCUGCGAGGGGAUGUGCUAUAGCCUCCCGACUCCGGAUGACCCCUUCAACGAUUUCCAUGGAAAGAAGUCGAAGAAGACGCAGCGGGAGCCCGACACGAAGAAGUCGCAUCCCGUCACUGGAACUGAGGGAAAAAAGAAGCAGAAUUCUGAUGCGCCUGCUAUGGUGGACCAACCUGAUAACGAUUGCUCCGGUGGAAGCAAUGCCUGGGACUCCAACUAUGGUUCUCUAUCCAAGUUCCUUAUCCUGUGCUUGAAUGCCAUACAGGAUGCAUGGAAGGAGCAAGAAGAGGGGUGUAGCGGGAGUUCUGAUGGGUCUCUUUUGGCCUUCGACUGGGGAGUUGAAUUCUGGAAGCGUUGCUCCUCCGGUUCACACAUUAUUGAAAGCAGUGGGGCUUGUGCUUGCAAAAAGAAACUUGCUUGGUUGGUAUCUACAGCUUCUGAUAUUAUUACAAGAAAGGAGAAGCAAGGGAAUGUUAUCGCUAGCCCUUUCCUCCUCUUCCUCGUGCCUACAAAGGAGAAAGCUAUGCAGGUAAGGUCAAUCUGCAAGCCAUUUAAAUCUCUGGGAAUACACACAGUAAGCUUGCAUCCAAGUACUCCGCUGGAUCACCAGGUCCAUGGUUUAAAAGGUUGUGAACCUGAGUUCCUUGUAUCUACUCCUGAGAGGUUACUUGAGCUUGUUUCCCUAAAGGCUAUUGACAUUUCUGGUGUAUCAUUACUGGUACUUGAUGAACUUGGAACCUUUUUAGACCUUGGCCUUCUGGAUAAAAUUAGUUCUGUGAGAGAAAGUGUAACUGGUCACCCUCAAGUAGUAAUCUUCUGUGGCAGCAGCAGUGAAGCUUCUGCGUCAAUUGCUCAAAAUCUACUUACUGGGCCAGUUAAUAAAAUCUGUAAGAAGGAUAGUACAUCAGAUUAAAAUGCAUUUUUGUCCCAGCAUGAACUGAAAAGAACUGAGCGAAUACAAUAGCAGAAUGAUUUAGGGUUAUCUUUAGUGAGCAAGAGAGGGUAGAAUGGAAGAUCCCAGGCUAUUUGCUAGCAUCGUCUUUGUGCCUCUUUCUACCACAAUCCUUUGUUCCGGCGCAGAAGCCCUGCAUAGUUUUAGUUACUGGAAACUUCCCUCUUUAUGACUCUUAAUUUUUGGCGGCUUCAGAUGCGAACAAACUGUAUGGAACACACAUCUCAUUAUUUUGUUGCUGUUCUUGGAUUUUCUUUUUUGGUUUCCUGCAACAUUAAUUUUUUAGAUAAAUUAUAUGCAUACACUCUCCCGAC